GGCGCACCAUGGGAUGAGGAGGGCCCUGCGUGAUGUGGGGCUCGGGCUCAAGGUUGUUUUUCCUGUCGGGGCUGUCUCUGGCACAAGCACAUCCUGUUGUACCAGCAUUGCUCCUCUUUGCCCCCAAGGAGGAUCCCUUUGGACCCCUUCAGGCUGCUCGACGGUCACCCCUUUGGACCCCUUCAGGCUGCUCGCUUUGGGGCUUUGGGAUGUGCCUGGAGAGGAAAGGAUGGCUCUGAAAAGUGUGCGCUCAUCCGCUGGCUGCCAGUGGGAAGCUGGAUGCUCCCUCCGAGAAGCAAGAAACCCUCCCUGGCUGUCAGGCAGAGCGUCAGCACAGGGGCACAUGUUGCUGCGGGCGUUGAGACACAAAAGCAGUCUGAAGCCGUGCCUGCCGCCUUCGGGAUUUCUCUUGCCCUUUCUGCCUCCCGAGCCCAGGUGUAGGGGCUGGCAGGAGUGGGUGAAGUUGCUCCAACCCUCCCCAUCCCCUUCCUCUUCCUCCUCCUCCUGUCUCUUCUUCCAGGAAAGCUCGCUGCAGGUGACCCCACCAUCACCAACGGAAGCCUGGGAAGAUGCCAGGGCUGAUUAACCUAACGACUCGCUCCUCGCUCCCCCUCUCCGUGUCAGAGGUGACAUCGUGCGUCAGUGGCUAUGCCUUCGGGAUGACAGCCUUGCUCACCUACCGCAACCCAGAAGCCCAGGCUUUCGAAGGUCUCUUUGUCUACCCCUUGGAUGAGUGCACCACCGUCGUUGGGUUUGAGGCGGCUGUGUCCCGGCGUGCCGUGACGGUGCAGAUCAAAGACAAAGCCAAGAUAGAUGACACGUAUUUCGACGGCUGCAGACUCCCCAGUGGAAGAGUUCAUGAUGGAAGCGGAAGGAUCACGAUGGAUGAAGACUUGGAGAGGAUUGUUUUUGUGGCUAACCUGGGCAUGAUUCCUCCUCUGGAAAGCGUCUCUAUCUUCAUCAGCACCUCUUCUGAGCUUCAGACACUGCCCAGCGGGGCCGUGCGGGUCCUUCUGCCAGCUGUGUGUGUCCCUAAGGUCCCCCAGCCCAGCCUGGAGAAUGCCAGCGGCUUUUCUAGCCACCAGCUUCGAACGGACAAGCACUACGGUGGAUCAGGGAGCCCUGAGCAACGGAGCAGGUUCUGCCUGGCUCAGCUGCUGGAAAGUGAGGCCACCAACCCCUCUGAGUAUGAGUUCAGCUUUCACCUGGAGAUCCGGGGGCCGUGCUUGCUGGCAGGUGUUGAGAGCCCUACUCACGAGAUCCGAGCAGAUGCCGACCCUUCCGCUCACUCUGCCAAGAGCAUCAUGAUCACACUGGCCAACAAACACACCUUUGACAGACCUGUGGAGAUCUUGAUCCACCCAAGCGAGCCCCACAUGCCUCACAUCUUAAUGGAAGAAGGUGAUAUGACGCCUGCAGAGUACGAACGACACCUGAAGGGGAAGAAUGAUUUCAUUAAAGGCACUAAGAAGGACCCCAGCACUGAGAAAAAGACGGAAAUCAUCAGGAAGCGGCUGAACAAGGACAUCCCCCACCACCCUGUCGUCAUGCUCAACUUCUGCCCUGAUUUAAGGACCGUCCAGCCAGAUCUCCGGAAAGCCCAAGGAGAGUUCAUUUUCCUCGUCGACCGCAGCAGAAGCAUGAGUGGCGUGAACAUCAACCGCGUCAAGGAUGCUCUGUUGGUCAUUCUCAAGAGCCUGAUGCCAGCGUGUCUCUUCAACAUCAUUGGGUUUGGGUCCACCUUUGAGACCCUCUUUCCUGCCAGUCAGACUUACAGUGAGGAGAGCCUGGCCGUUGCCUGCGAGAGCAUCAAGAGGAUCCGGGCUGAUAUGGGUGGCACCAAUAUCUUAUCACCUUUGAAAUGGGUCAUUCGGCAGCCCAUCCACAGGGGACAUCCCCGACUGCUCUUUCUGCUGACGGAUGGGGCCAUCAGCAACACGGGGAAGGUUCUGGAACUGCUGCGAAACCACUCCUGCUCCACCAGGUGCUACAGCUUCGGCAUCGGACCAAACGCCUGCAGGAGGCUGGUUCGGGGACUGGCUGCUGUGUCCAGGGGCAUCGCUGAGUUCCUGGUGGAGGGGGAGAGGCUGCAGCCCAAGAUGAUCAAGUCGCUGAAGAAGGCCAUGGCACCGGUCCUAAGCGACGUAUCCGUGGAGUGGCUCUUUCCCGAGAGCACCGAGGUCUUGAUUUCUCCCAUCAGCACCAGUUGCCUCUUCCCUGGUGACCGUCUGGUUGGCUACGGCAUCAUCUGUGACACCUCCCCGUACAUCUCUAACCCCAGAUCUGACAAGAGGCGGCGGUACAGCAUGAUGCGCUCCCAGGAGUCAGGCAGCUCGGUUUUCUUUCACUCCCAAGAGGAGGGAGCAGGCGUGGAGAGCUGGAACCACUCCAGGGACUCUGAGGGCUGCUGCCCUGCCGAGCGUGCCUCCGAUCACCUGGUGGUGGGCAGAGAGGCCGGGGGAGAAUCAGACACGGACACUGGAAUGGAUAUGAAGGCUUCCUCCAGGAGACGGGCAUACAGCACCACCCAAAUUGCCGACCAUGAGCCUUACAAGAAGGUGCCCACAGCUAGCGAUCCCGGCAGUGCCCUGGUGAAAAACUCCCUUUGGAAAACCCACCUGCAGGACCUGCAACAGGUCAGCCCUGAGCCUUGGCACGUGGAUUUCCAGCCCUUCACAGCCAGCUCGCUUGUCUCCUCCACGAGGAUUUGCGGCACGGGUGCCCGGCGGCCGUCCCUGCUCCACCGGGGCUGCAUGUCUUUCUGCCACGACGCUGAGUCCCCACCAGUGCUGGAUGGGCUGCAGCAAGCGGCUUCAGGAAGGGGCUUGGGACCACUCAAUGCCAGCGCAAGCCUACGGUCUUUAUCAGAUAGCCGGAGCCCUGGAGAUCUGGAGUCUGGCCAGCAUCCUUCCUUCACGUUCGAAACGGAGACCUCCUCCGACUGGGAACCCCACGACUUCGACUUUGGCGCUGCUCACGGCUCCCCACACUCCCCCAGGACCCUCUGCAAGGCGGUGGUGAAGGGGCUUAGGAGCAACGAGCCCGUGCAGUGGGAAGUCACCUUUGAUAUCUGUCCUCUCUUCCAAGAGCGGGAGAGCCAGGCGGAUGAUGACACAGACCUGUGGAGCGAGACCUUCCACCACCUGGCAGCCAAGUCGGUCAUCCGGGACUUCGAGCAGCUUGCUGAGAAGGAGUGUGAAAUCGAGCACGGGUCUGGGCGGCGGUACCAGGUCAACGCUGUCCACACCAGCAAGGCCUGCAACGUCAUCAGCAAGUACACGGCGUUCAUGCCAGUGGACCUGAGCACCAAUGCCUACCUGCCCACUGUCAUCGAGUACCCCCACACGGGGGCAGCAUCCAAGCAUGGUAGCCAGAGGAGCCUGAGCUCAGGAAACAGAAGGCAUCGUGGCUUUUCCCCUGGACGUCCACAGUCAGCUUGUGGCCAAAAUGGAGAUGUUGACUUUUACAGCAUGAAUACAGAAGAGAGCAGCCAGUUGCCCUCCAGCACCCCUUCCUUCUCAGUCUGGGAGCGCUGUGGUCUUCCUGAAGGGCCGUUACAGAGCCUGUCUGCUUCCUCUGCACAAGCCCAAAAAUCCAUCGAGAGCCUCUUUGCUGCCAGGCUGACCUUCAAUAAAACCAGGCUGCUGACUCAAGCUGCCAAAGGGUUCAUGAGUAAAUCUCCAAGCAAAGUGAGCGAAGCCAGCUCUGAGGGUGACAACGAGAACAUAGACUACCUGCCCCUGGCAUCGCUGCAACUGGCCUGUGGUGCUUUUCUCAUGAACUCAGCCUUCUGCGAUGCCAUCAAUAUCCCUAUGGAGAAGCUGAAGUGGACAUCUCCCUUUGCCUGCCACCGCCUGGCCCUCAGCCCCUCCAGCUCCUACGGCACCAAGAAGGCCAGUCCCUCUGGCGAGCCCAAAAGCCUUGGCUCCAGCCAGCAGCUCCUGGUUCCCAAUGGUCAUGGGAGGAGUCCCACCCCCAGAGACGUUGCCCUGGGUGCGGUGUCAGAGGGACCUGGCAGCCACGUGGAGGAUCCUGGCCGCCUCCGCCACUUCUCGGGCAGCGCAGUGGAAAGCAUCUCUAAAGCCCUGAAAGCUGAGAAGGAACUCUCCCCACCGGCCAUCACCAUCCGCCGCUUCUCUUCCCCUGAAAGCACGCCAGCCUCAGCCGAAUGGCAAGCUGGCAGUGGCUGGAGCUCUGAGGCAGACGCCUCUGAGGUCGAAGCAUUGCUCUUCAACAUCGAGUUGCAGCAGCAGACGGAGCCGGAAGGGAUGUUGUGGGCCACAGCAGUGGCCCUGGCCUGGCUGGAACACAGCUCAGCUUCCUACUUCAUCGAGUGGGAGCUGGUGGCCGCCAAAGCCAGCUUAUGGCUGAGCGAACAGGACUUCCCCGAGGGAUACAGCUUGGCCACGGUGAAAGCUGCAGCCCAGCAGCUCUUUGUCCUUCUCCGGCACUGGGAUGAAAACCUGGAGUUCAACCUACUGUGCUACAACCCAACCAGCGUGUAAAGAGGAGGAGGAGAGAGGCUCGGGCGGCUUAUGGAGGGUGCAGGAGCAAGGACCUGUCCUCAAGGAAACUCCUCCAUGGAGCUCAGUUUCUCUGCUGCGGGGACAGUGUGUGUUUAUUAGAGCAAGCCCGGCACACGGAAGCAGCCCAGGCAAAAUCCUGUUCUUGGUGAUUGGUAUUUGGCCCCGGGAGGGUACUUACCAGCUGCCCGCAGUAGGAUGCUGUUUAUUUUUAACUGGAGCAGCACCUCCAGCUACAGCAGUUCCCUCUGAUCCUGGUUUCUUCUCAUUCCCAGCCCUGUUCCCAGAGCAGGUCUCCCUGCUGCCUGCUCAGCUUGCCCCAUCCUCACUUGACUGCCUCUUCCCAGCCCCAAAUCGCUGCCGAGCACCCUCUGGGGUGCCCCAACCCCAAGCUGCUGCUCUCCUGAGGCUCCUGCCUGGCUUCUGCCAUCUCAGAUGUCCUCUGGUGAAGGUGAACAUCUAACAUGGACCAAAGGAAAUCCGGGCUGGGAGUGACCAUCUGAAGAGCAACCCCACUGUCACAGCCAGGAGGAUGCUGCCUUGCCUCGAGCCGAGUGACACACAGACAAGCCAGACCAGGCAGGGACUGGGACCAAACCCCAUCACACGCAGACAGUGCUGGGCUCCCUCAGCCCCUCUGCCACCCCAGAAGGGGUCUACGAGACCCCUUACAGCUAACCGUGUGCCUUCAGAGCUUCACGGGCAGAGCAAGGGCACCUGGAACUGAAGGAAGGGACCGGGUAAGGCAACCAACCCCCUGCACUUGGUGCCAAACAGAGAUCCCCUGCAUUAAAAUAAUGGAGGGGUUUAUUCCCUGCCAAAACCCUGCAUCCUUCCUUCUCCACUUGUGCUGAUCUGUUGGCUCUGAACCACAGGAUCUGCCUUUAAAUCCAAUGGUUUGGUCUCUUUAGAAUGUCUGACCCUCUAAAUUGCCCUGAGCUUGCACCGGGACCUCUGCAGCAUCGACCCCAAGAGCCAUGGUUGACUCUACACCCUUGAAGAGCAGAGAGGAGAAGAGCAUUCCCAAAACCCAGGGCGAUGCAGACCCCCUUACUCUCCCCAUUUCUGCUUCUUGCGUUCAUGCUGCUUAAAACCAAGAAGCUGCUGGACACAAAUUGCAUCCCUUGACCUGCUUUUGGAACCAAGUCUCUGCAGGAGUCCAGAGGAGUUGUGAUGGGGGCUUUCACUCUCAUGCAGCAAAGUCCUUUCACCGGUUCCAGCACAGCCCAGUUAUACCCAAGUGACUACUGGGAGCUUCGUUAUCUGCUAUAAUUCAUAGCAGAUGAAGGAUACCAGAGGCACUGUGAGGACUGUGGCUUCCAGAAGCUGAUGGGAAGAAGAGGAGGAGACAGAGAGGAGGAGAAGCUGGGAGUGGACAUUUUUCAACCACUCCACUCACUUGUUAUUAGAAGUCAGUGGCAUUCCUGGGGAGAAAUUGAGGGUCCAGGGGGUUGGGAUUUUUAAAUUGAUUUUUUGAUCUUUAUUUUUCUGCUGGAGAAAGGCUCCAGUUCUGGUUGGGCUUAGACUGCGUUUGUCUAGAGGCUUAGGAAAAUCAAAGGAAUGCAGUUGAUUCCCAGGCACAGGGGUUUUGGCUCCUCUGCUGAGGAGAGAUGGGUAAGAAGGGGAGUGUGAGUUUAAGAGCUGAGAACUGCCCAGCUGGAGAGAGCUGGGAAGGUGGGGAAAUGGGGAAAGGUGGGAAAGGGUGUUUCCUUCUGAGGCAGAGCAUCUUUUGGUGGUUGAGAAGUUAAACAUGGGCUGGCAAUGUGUGCUCACAGCCCAGAAAGCCAACCUGUGUCUUGGGUUGCAUCCAGAGCAGUGGGUGAGGGAGAGGAUUCUGCCUCUCUGCUCAGCUCUGGUGAGACCCCACCUGGAGUCCUGUGUCCGCCUCUGGACUCCUCAGCACAGGAAGGACACGGAGCUGUUGGAGUGAGUCCAGAGGAGGCCAUGGAGAUGAUCUGAGGGCUGGAGCACCUCCCGUGUGAGGGCAGGCUGAGAGAGUUGGAGUUGUUUGGCCUGGAGAAAAGAAGGAUCC